AUGACAACCCUUGCUGAUACCUUCUUGAAAGAUCUGGAGGACUUGGAGAUGGAAGAUGAGGACCCAUUCAAUAAUGGUAACAUGAUAGCACAAAAGAAAUUGGAUAUAGAUGAUAACAAGGAGAAUGAUGAUUAUGAAGAAAUUGUUGAUGCUAUAGAAGAAUUCUUAAACGAGAAAAAAAAAAAAAAAGAACGUAAAAUAUCCGAACUAUUAUAUGAUGAGGAUUUUUUAAAAACCAUGAAUAGUAUUAAGAAUUAUAUUAUUGAAGCCGAGGAAGAACUACAUGAACAAGGACAGGAGGACUUGUUAAAUGAAAAUGAAAGAACGAAAAAAAGAAAAAAGGUAAAAGAUGGUAAUGAAGAGGGGAAUGAAAAAGAAGAAGAGGAGGUAAACGAUGCGAUAAGCGAUAUGGUGAACGAUAAGGUAAAUGAUGAGGACGAGGACGAAAACCAUGGCCAGGGGGAUGUUCACGAUGACGAAGAAAUAUUAAUUGAAAAAUGUAUCGAAUUAAUAAUAAAAAUAGACACAGAGAUAUUAAAUAUACAUAAAUAUGUAAAAGAUAUAUAUUCAACAAAAUUUCCCGAACUAGACUCAAUAGUAUAUUCCCCUUUAGAAUAUAUAACUGUUGUAAGUAAGAUAAAGAAUGAAAACGAUUUAAAAAAUAUUGAUUUUUCAGAUAUACUUCCAAAUACUACAGUAAUGGCUAUAACAGUUGCCUCUAGUAUGACAACUGGAAUAAAUUUAUCGGAGCAUUUAUUAAAAAGCUGUUUAUCCUUUUGUAAUGAAGCUUUAGAAUUAAAUGAAUAUAGACAAAUGGUUUUACUUUAUUUAGAAAGUAAAAUGUUUCUUCUCGCUCCUAAUUUGACAAUGCUAUUAGGUAGUGCAUUAACAGCUCGUCUGAUUAGUUCAGUAGGCUCUUUAAAAAAUUUAUCUGUUACUUCUUCUCAAAAUCUUAUAGUUGUUGGUAGUUCUAAAAAAUCAGUGCUCGGAUUUAGUAAUGUGCAUAAAACAUAUGGGGUAGGAAUAUUAAGUACUUCUGAAAUAGUUCAAAGUGUUCCAGAUGCAUAUAAAAAAAAAGCAAUAAGUUUAUUAGCAGGGAAAUGUAGUUUAGCAUCUAGAAUAGAUUAUUUUAAGAAAUACAGAGAAGGACAAUAUGGAUUAUUACUCCGAGAAAAUGUAAUUAACCAUUUAAUAAAAUUACAAGAACCACAUCCAAUGAAACAAAAAAAAAUUCUACCUAUGCCUGAUGAAAAGAAAAGAAGAAAAAGAGGAGGAAAAAGAUAUCGAAAAUUAAAAGAAAAAACAGAAAUUACUGAAUUAAGGAAACAAAUUAAUAGAUUACCAUUUGGCCCAAAUACAAAUGAUGACUUUUAUACCUUUAGUGAUCAAAAUACUAUGUUAUUAAAUUCGAAUAUAACGAAAUUAAAAUACCAGACAAAGCAGAAAACAAAUAUUACCAAGAGGAAAAAUUUGAAUGUUCAAUCUAGUGGAGUAACUGGAGGUUUGUCAUCCUCUUUGAUUUUUACUCCUUUGCAGGGUAUUGAAUUAUUUAACCCUUCUGCUAUUAACCAAAAGGAUGAACAGAAGGAAAAUAUAUACUUUUCUAGCACAGCUCAAUUUCGUAGAGUCUAA